UUUUCAGCCUCAAAACAAUCUCUCAUGGCUUGUUCUCUCAAAAUCGACGAGGGAGUGUCUUCACCAACUGAGAAACAGUGUGAGCUCACUGAGCCGUCAAAGGUGGUGCACUUUCGGAACCUUCCUAAUGAAUGCUCCGAGGAUGAUCUCGCAGAGUUGUGCACUCCCUUCGGUAAAGUUGUCAACGUUGUAUGCUGUGUUGGGCUUAAUAAGAACCAGGGUCUGGUUGAGUUUGAGGAUAUAAAUCAAGCCAUUUCAAUGGUUUCACAUUAUGCUUCGUCCUCGGAUUCUAUGCGGAUUCGUGGUAGAAUUGUUUAUGUUCAACAUUCUGACAGACCGGAUAUUGCUGUUAACAAAUUCGGUAAAGGAAAUACCUUGUUGGUAACCAUGAAAGGCCUCCUCCAAGGCCGAAAAAUAGGCAUCGAUCUUAUUCACUCGGUCUUUUCUGAAUAUGGCUUUGUAAAAAAGAUUUCUACAUUUGAAAAGAGUGCAGGUUUUCAGGCUUUGGUUCAAUAUAAUGAUAUUAAGUCUGCUUCUUUGGCUAAGGAUGUUUUGGACAGAAGAAGCAUACCUAGACACUAUCUCCCGGAUCAUGUUGGAAAUAUUGACUUGCGCAUUUCAUACUCAGCACAUCAAGAUCUAAAUAUUAAAUUUCAGUCUGAUCGUACCAGGGACUACACAAAUCCUAUGCUUCCCCUUAGUCAGUAUUCUAUUGAUGGGCCAUUACCGCAUGCAACGCUUCAACCUCCCGAAAAUCACGUGCUUUGGGCUUCAUUUAAAAAUCUUCAAUAUGAUGUCAAUGUGGAUGUUCUUCACGCAGUGUUCUCUGAAAUUGGAACUGUGGAAAAAAUUUCUAUAUUUGAAAGGAACGGUCAAACUCAGGCACUAAUUCAGUAUCCUGAUGUUGAAACAGCAAAGAUGGCCAAAAGAACUCUAGAGGGGCUUUGCAUAUAUAAUGAUGGCUCUGAGCUUCAUCUAUCAUACUCUCGUCAUUCUGAUGUCAUUGUAAGGGGUUCAAGUGACAAAAGUAGAGACUAUACAACGUCACCACAAGUUACAGAAACAGCUUUGCAGAAUCCUCAAACUGCAUCUAUGUACCCUGGCAUUUUUCAUCCUUUACAAGCUCAAGUAUAUGGAGGAAUACCAUCAUGGAAUCCAGUCCCUAGUUACAUGCUUGCAUAUGGUACUUUUCCUGAUCAAACUUAUGCAGUUCCUCAGGUUCCUGCUCAUGCUGUUGGUCAAAGCCAUGGUAAUGGUAUGGCUCAUAAUGAAAAUAACACGGAACCCUCCCCAUCUGAGGUUCCUAGUUUCUCACAUAAUAUGCAACCCAGUAUUGUGGGCUUUUACCCUGCUCCUCUUGUUUAUUAUUAUGGUUACUAGAUUGUAUUUCAACAUGAACAUCCUGAGUUGUCAAAAUUUUCCUCAUGUUCAACUUUUUUUUUUUGUUUUUUGGAUC